AAUCCGCACAACUUUUAAUGACAGCCAAAAGCAAGUCAAGCAACCCAUCCUCUCUCCAUCUUCAAGAACACCACAACAUUUCGGACGAGAAAUGAAGGCGGCGGCGGCGGCCGAACUGAUGUUUAUCCCUUCCCCGGGGAAGGGCCACCUGGUGUCAACGGUGGAGAUGGCCAAGCAACUCAUCGGCCGAGACCACCGUCUGUCAAUCACAGUCCUCAUAAUGAAAUUCCCAUUUGAUAAAUCCAAGGUCAGCUCCUCCACCCAAUCGCCACUCCCACUACUCACGGCGGCCGAGGAUCGGUUAAAGUUCGUACACCUCCCCCAAGAAGAGGCCGCGUCGGCGGAGCUCCGGCCCAAGAACCCCAUCGACGUCAUGCUGGAGUUCGUCAACAUGAACAAGCAGCACGUGAGAGAUCACGUAACAAAGAUUAUCUCGACCGACUCGAGUCGACUCGCCGGGUUCGUCGUCGACAUGUUCUGCACCCAGAUGAUGGACGUGGCGGCCGAGUUCGGGCUUCCCACCUACGUUUUCUACACCUCCAGCUGUGCCUUUCUCGGCUUCAUGUUGCACCUCGAUACCCUAUGCCGCGACCAGGAUAUUACUGAGUUGAAGGACUCGGACGCUGAGUUGGAAGUGCCGGCUUUUGUGAACCCAAUCCCAGCAAAGGUGUUGCCUUCUGUGGUGCUGGACAAGGAAGGGGGGUCCACAUUUUUCGUGGGCGUUGCCAGGAGGCUGAGAGAAACAAAGGGCAUUAUGGUCAAUACGUUUGAAGAGCUGGAAUCCUAUGCGGUCAAGCGUCUCGCGGGUGAUGAUAAGGUCCCGCCGAUCUAUCCGGUGGGACCCGUUCUUCACAUGGACGAAAAGGAGGGGGAUGAGGAGGUGAUCCAGAUCAUGAGGUGGCUGGAUAAUCAGCCCCCAUCAUCAGUGGUGUUCUUGUGCUUCGGGAGCAUGGGAACCUUCGACGGCGACCAGGUGAGGGAGAUAGCACAGGCCCUAGAGCAAAGCGGGCACCGAUUCUUGUGGUCUGUCCGACAACCUCCGCCAAAGGGAAAAAUAGAGAUGCCGAGCGAGUACCAAGACUUGAACCAAGUGCUACCAGAAGGAUUCCUGAAACGUACAACAGAGAUUGGAAAAGUGAUCGGUUGGGCCCCACAGGUGGCGGUGCUGUCCCACAAGGCGGUAGGAGGGUUCGUGUCACAUUGCGGGUGGAACUCUACAUUGGAGAGCUUGUGGUGUGGGGUGCCGGUAGCCACUUGGCCGAUGUAUGCCGAACAACAAAUGAAUGCAUUUGAGUUGGUAAGGGAAUUGGGUUUGGCCGUUGAGAUAAAGUUGGACUACCGGAGGGAUAUGCUGUAUGAUAAUAUUAAGGCUAAGUUAGUGACGGCAGAUGAGAUAGAGAAUGGGAUAAGGAAACUGAUGGAGAACGGAGAUAAAAGUAGUACCAAAGGAAUCAAGCAAAAGGUGAAGGAAAUGAGCGAAAAGAGCAAGAUUGUCAUAAAGGAAGGAAGAUCGUCGUAUAAUUCUAUUGGACGCUUUAUCGAGGACGUCAUUAUUAACAUGCCCUCCCCAUAGUUGAUAUAACACGCACCCAUAUCAGCUAAGGACAGAGUUAAGGCGUGUAAUUGAGAUGGUUUGUACUUUGUAUGUCAGAAGUAGAUUUUUGUUUUAUGGUUGCCAUAUACGAAAAGUGCUGUAGUUGGAAAUUUAAGAGAGGGAGAGAGAGUGUAAUUUGGUUGAGAGGGUGAAGUAAAUUCAGAAUCAAUGAGUAGUUGGCCUUUAUGAAGGCUGUUUCCUGGGCA